AUGAUGACAGUCGUAAUCCAUUGUCACGCUCUCCUUUCAGAUAUAUGUUUGUGUAUCAACGUGACGGUGGUCCCCGCCCCCUUCACGGUGGCCCAGGAGGGUCAGAACAUAACCUUGUCCUGCAUCGUCUCUCAGCGCCGGCGAAACACAGCGCUCCCGGUGGUCAGAUGGACCUUCCUUCCUGCCGGCGCCGACCGGGCCCAAGACGAACUCCUCAUCGCCAGGGUCAACAUGAGGAAGGCCCGUUUCUAUGGCAACUACACCAAAAGCUUCUCCUGGCCCAAGAUGAAGCUGACGGUGGUGAAGCAGGGGAAGGUGUUUGACCUGUUGGUCCUGAACGUGGCGGAGGGUGACUGCGGCCUCUACAUGUGCAGGGUGCAGGAGUUCAAGAAGAUACAGGACAAGUGGAAGGCCUCGUCCAACUGCACCGCGGCCACCGAGCUCCGAGUUCACGUGCUGCCGACCUCCAGAGCCAAAGAAAGCCUGUGGAGCCUGUUCCAGGACGUGUACCUGUGUACAGUGCUGAUCUGCUGCGUGGGGCUGCUCUGUAUGUGCAUGUUCACGGUCACCGUCUCCUGUCAGUACAUCCACAGGAAGCAGAGGCUCAAAGAGGCGUACCAUCUGGUCAGAAGUUCACAAAACAGGUAA